AAUAAGCACAGAGCAGUGUCCUAGUUAUGUCUGUUGUAACUAUGAUAUAUAUAAAAAAAAUAUUUGAAUUAUUUGAAAAUCAUGCAUACUCAGGGUGUAACACUGCUACAGGAGAAGUGGGUAUACUCUGUAUAUCAGCAUAUACCCUACAGUACAGCACUGCUCUGAUGAUCAUUAUUCACUGCAAACAUCUGAGGAAAUAAACUACUAUGACCACAACCUCAACGCACAUGCUCAAUGAAUCGUGUAAAUGCCAAGAGCUGUAGACUUCACUGAGCAACACUGAAGCCUUUCUCAUCACAGUCGUAAAGUGAAACUGAAAUGCUUCUCGUGUUUGUUUUCUUCUGCUGUUUGGUUGGUGUGUUUGGUGAUGAAGUGAAGUCAGUGUCAGUGAUGGAGGGAGAUUCUCUAACUCUACACGCUGAUAUUACUGAUAUACAGAGCGCUCAUUUGAUAGUGUGGAGUUUUGGACCUCAAAAGACUCACAUAGCUACAAUCAAUAUAGCAGCUAAUUCAGUCUCAAUAAAUGCUGAUGUUCAUGAUGGGAGAUUCAGAGACAGACUGCAGGUGAAUAAUCAGACUGGAGAUCUCACCAUCACAAACAUCACAACUCAACACACUGGACUUUAUCAAAUAACCAUCAACAGAAAUCAGAAGCCAGAAUCUUACAGAUUCAAUGUUACUGUCUAUGAUCAGAUUCAGUUAUUCAUUCCAGGACUCACCUCAGGUCAUAAAGUUGUGAUCUGUUGUGCUGCUGUUGGAUCUCUGAUGAUUGUCGCUUCAGUUGUGAUCUUCUGGAUCUACAGAAAACACAAAAACACAGAAGCAACAGUUCAGAGCGGUGGAGAGGAGGUCACGUACGCAAAUAUACAUUCUGUAAAAGACAAACACAUAAACAGAUAGCUCCAGUGGAUGACGCGGUGGUGUAUCCAGGUGUCAAUAAAAGACCAUGAUCAAACUUCUUGUAUGGAUUUUUCAACAGUUUAUUGUCAUAUCUGUUUCAAUGGCUAUUUCAUUUCAAGAGUUCAGAUGCAAAAUCCUCUAAGUGCAUCAGUCAUGUUUUUAUAACCCAGAACGCAGACAAAUCCAGGGCGGAUCCACACCAGAGCUGCUGACUUCGGCACAGAUCCAGCCCAGAGUCUGCUUACAUUUAGGUUCAGUAAUUUCACUUUAAUGCCAAUGAAAAUUGUAUUAUUCAGUCAAUGAAAUUACUUAUUUCACAAAUGUCACUAGUCAUUUUAUCAGUAGUUAACAAGUUUGAUUGUCUUUCACUUCAAAACCCUCUAAGUACAUGCAAAAGUCUCAUGUCACUCUUCACUCUUCCAAUAUUCUAAUAUAUUCAGUAAACCUCCUUUAACCAGGUUUAAAACUUUUGCACCUUUAUGUACGCGUGUCGUCAUUCAUCCGAUUCGCCUAACAUGCUUUUUUUUACUUUAACAGACUCUGCUAACAAAGAGGUAUUUCUAAAUUUGCAUCUGAACUCUUCAUUUAAAACACAGAUAUAUUCACUCUCUCUGUGAUUUUGCCACAGUGAAUGAUACUGCACUGUAAAAAAAACUUUUUAAUUUUAUUUAAUGUUAAUACAUCAUUUUAAUGAAAGAUGAUUAAACUGUAAAAUAUUAUCAGAAUAUCAGUGAUUAAAACACCAGAGAGUGUGGGUACGACCAACGAGUCAUAGUUUUAUUUCUAGAAUGCAUCUGACACAUGAACAACUUUACAGUAUUUCUAGGUUAAAGUCAAACCUGAUGUGGAAAUAAAUGUGGUUUUGUUCUGUUUAUGAACAUGAGUGUGUUGUGGUUGAUACAGUAUACGUCUCUGUGUGUAUGUCAGAAGUGAACAGUAUGUGGCUUUUAUCUGCCUGGCUUGGGCUUAUAUUUAACAAUCAUAUUUUAUACAAAUCAGCUU